AUGCAGUGCUCUCAAAGAAAUAAAUGUAGGAUGGCACCUAAAACAAAGAGUUCCGACAAAAACAAGGACAAACAGAAAGGUCUAGAAGUAUUCAGUGAGUCGGCAAUGCGAAACAACUACAGCUCUCUUGAAUAUAGUAGAACAUGUCAAGCAGCAGCUUCGGGAAUGGCUGCAGGAAUUCUCGGCUUGACAGGAAUACCUGGUUUCAUCUUCUACUUUGUGUCAGUAGCAAUCCAAGCUCUAUUCUGGGAAGCGAAGGCGGGUUUUGAAUGGAAAUCCUAUUUCCUCGAUCGAACACUCUCUGUGACACAUUCAAUAGUCGGCGGAUUGUUCACCUAUAUUCUUUUUUGGGUAUUUCUUUACGGAAUGGUUCACGUGUACUAG